GGUUACACACAGUCAUUGAACGCACAGGGUUUAGCUCAAAAGAGCUUUUUUUCCCCGCUUUUUAAAUCUUAUUAUCGAAUAAGAGUAAGACAAAGAUGAUAAAAGCCAUUUUAAUUUUCAACAACCACGGAAAACCGCGGCUCAUCAGGUUUUACCAGUAUUUCGCAGAAGAUAUGCAACAGCAAAUCAUAAGGGAAACCUUUCAUCUUGUGUCAAAGAGGGAUGAUAAUGUCUGCAACUUCUUGGAAGGUGGAAGUUUAAUUGGUGGCUCAGACUACAAACUGAUCUACAGGCACUAUGCAACACUUUACUUUGUAUUCUGUGUUGAUUCUUCGGAAAGUGAGCUUGGGAUUCUAGAUCUGAUACAGGUCUUUGUGGAAACCCUGGAUAAAUGUUUUGAAAAUGUAUGUGAGCUAGACCUCAUAUUUCACAUGGAUAAGGUUCAUUACAUUCUUCAGGAGGUUGUGAUGGGUGGGAUGGUGCUGGAGACCAACAUGAAUGAGAUUGUUGCUCAGGUGGAGCUUCAGAACCGCAUGGAGAAAUCAGAGGGUGGCUUGUCUGCGGCCCCGGCACGGGCAGUGUCUGCAGUGAAGAACAUGAACCUUCCUGAGAUACCACGAAACAUAAACAUUGGCGACAUCAACAUCAAAGUGCCCAACCUUUCCCCCUUCUGAUCUGAGAGCUGGCACAGAGCCUACCAUUCCUUUUCAUUAAGACAAUACAUGUCCUCCAGGAGUUUGUUUUUGUUGUCACUCAUUCCCUGUAGUUAAUUAUGUAUUAGAAGAUGCUGACAGAGCUGAUAUGUAAACCCUCCCUGUCCUCCCUAAACUCUUACCUAAGGGUCUGACAGGCAGUAAUAAUUACACUGGAACCACAGCAGCUUUUGUUGCAUAUGUGUGUAAGUAGAUGAGAACAGUGACUUGAAAUCUUUCUGGGACACCUGAUAGCAUAGUGGUUAGAGCUGCUGGUUAGUUGCCUUCAGUUUUGAAGGUU